AUGAGUGUUUCCAGCAGACUGCUGCUGCUGAGCGCCGGCUGCGUCCCCAGCCUCUCCGUCUGGGCCCUGCCGGCUGCUGCCUUCGUCGCUGUCAUCGCCGCCUGCAUCUCUCUGCGAUACAGACUGCUGCAGUGGCUGCUGUCCCUGGUGGUGGAGACGCGCCCCCUACACGAGGUGCUGCACGGCCACUACGUGUCGCGGCCGCAGGAGUCCGCCUCGUGGGUGCGGCUGGGCCGGCAGCGGCUGCUGCUGCUGAGGGACCCACAGGUCGCCUGGCAGCUGCUGUCCGCCCACUUCCCCAGCUUCCCCGCCAGGGCGCGCACCCAGGCCUACGACGACGGGCUGUUCGCUCAGGAAGGUGAGACACACAUGAUGCCACAUAGCCAGUCACUCUCUAACACGAGAGCAGUGGAAGCGGGCCAGCAGAUGCCUGACUCCGCCGUUUACGCCGUCCUGCGCUCCGCCGAGCCGCAGCUGCGCGCGCACGCCCGCCGCCUGGCCUCGCAGGCUGGCGGAUCUGCAGCCGCUGUGUCGCCGCGGCAGCUGCUGGCCUACUGCACCGACUGCGUCGCCUCGGCGAUGCUCGGGCUGCAGACGCGGACCCUCGAGGACGCGGAGGGCUGCUCGCCGUUCCUGGAGGCUGUGCAGCGCGCGCACGAUACUAAGACGGAGUUCGGCCACCGCUUCGUGUUCGAAUACCUGGGUCAAGCCGCAUUCGACGCUCUGGGGCUGGGACACCUGCCCGACAAGAUUGCCAACUUCUUCAGAUCGGUGACUGCCGUCAGUAUCGACCACCGUAACAGCAAUCCUGCGUCUUCUCACGACUUUAUACAUCUGCUUACGAAGAAGAUGAAGCAGGAGGGCGCUGAUGACAAGGCUGUCCUAGAUGAAGGCUUUCAAUCGCGGUUGGUGUCGAGAUGA